AAUUGCACCGUAUUGAGCGCUGUGGGAUCAGAGUUUUACCGAUUUGUCCUGUGUUAGCCACUUGGGGACUUUUUAUGCUGUAGCUCGCUUUUAUCCGUAAUUUUUAUCACCAUGUCGGUGGCUUUUGCACCUCACAGACAGCGAAAGGGUGAUAUAACACCCGCUGGAAUACAAAAGUUACUUGAUGAAAACAACCAGCUGAUCCAGUGUAUAAUGGACUUCCAGAGUAAAGGCAAAACAGCCGAAUGUUCUCAUUAUCAACAGAUGCUGCACAGAAAUUUAGUGUAUCUGGCUACGAUAGCAGACUCCAAUCAAAACGUACAGUCUCUCCUCCCUGCUCCACCCACUCAAAACAUGCCCAUGGGCSCUGGUGGCAUGAACCAGAGCGGACCCUCUCCCCAGCCCCCUCACGGUCACAACAUGCCCUCUGAGGGGAUGGUGAGCGGUGGCCCUCCAGCUCCCCAUWUGCAGAACCAGAUGAAUGGACAGAUGCCUGGGCCUAAUCAUAUGCCCAUGCAAGGUCCUGGUCCGGGUCCCAACCAGCCUCCAAACAUGCCCAGCGGCUCCAUGAACAUUCCCCCCAGCAGCCAUGGCUCUAUGGGCGUUUACAAUCACGCGGUGCCCUCUUCGCAGGGCAUUCCAGCUCAGAGCCAGAUGAACAUGACCCAGGGUCAGCCUAUGGGAAGCUACGGGCCUCGACCAAACAUGAACAUGCAACCCAGUCAAGGCCCCAUGAUGCAUCAGCAGCCUCCAUCGCAGCAGUACAACAUGCCUCCUGGUGGCGGUGGACAACACUACCAAGGGCAACAGAAUCCAAUGGGCAUGAUGGGCCAGGUCAAUCAAGGGAACCAUGUCAUGGGACAGAGGCAGAUGCCACCCUACAGACCCCCGCAGCAAGGACCCCCCCAGCAGUACCCAGGGCAGGAAGACUACUAUGGGGACCAGUACAGUCACGCAGGACAGGGAGCCUCAGAAGGUAGCGCACAGUAUGGCCAGCAACAAGAAGCAUACCAGCAAGGCCCGCCACAACAGCAACCUUAUCCUCCGCAACAGCAGUAUCCAGGUCAACAAGGCUACCCACCACAGCAGCAGGGUUAUGGUCCCUCCCAGAGUGGCCCAGGACAGUAUCCCAACUACCCACAGGGUCAGGGACAGCAGUACGGGGGCUACCGUCCCCCUCARCCCGGACCGCCACAGGGCCAACAGCAGCGCCCGUACGGUUAUGACCAGGGGCACAUGAGGAAAUAAAGAAGCGGGGAUUUGAACCCCUGACUAGCUCUAUAAGAAGCAAAGGUAAUGGUUGCUGUGAAGACCUCAACGUUAAAUCUAGUCACUUGACCACUUAGACUUAAUUUACAUUUGUUAUGUUUCUUCUGCCUCUCCUCUAUCCCUUUCAGUCUUUCUUUGUAGUUUUCCCUCCCUUCUUUUUUUUUCUUUUUUUUUUUUACACUUAUUUAUUUAUUUUUAUCUACCAGGGGUCGAACUGUAAGUAAUGAGGUCUAAGAAAAAAACCAUACAUGGUCUGCAACCAAAGGCUGUGUCUUUAAUCGACUUUAAUUUGCAACAGUUAAUUGAUUAAACUGUGUUUAAAGGGGUGUAGCGGUACAUGUGACGGUCAUAAGCUGUUCAGUUAUUUUUUAUUGGUUAGUCGGGCCUUUUUUAAACUAUAAACCUCGGGCACAUGGGACAUUUUGUCAGUCGCAUAAGUUCCCUUCUUCAUACUUCAAUCCUUACUAGACCUUAUGCAACGUGUUACAUGAAGGUUAAGCUUCAGGCCCAAAUUAGGCCUUGUAUUACCAUGUGUUUCCGCUAAUUUAGAUAAAAAGUAGGCUUCUYUAAACAUGACUAUUUACAGACAGUAUUAAAAUCUGGCCUGAACUGAAAAUUCUCAGGGUACCAUAUYCUUCUGAAGUAAAAGUUAGAAUAUUUUUAUUGUUUUUGUGCAUUUUAUCAGACGUUGCAGCAGUUGUUGAAGUUCCUCUUGUAGUUUGUGUAAUGGUAAUGCUGUGGUAAUUAUACUGUAAAAAAAGAAAAAAAAACAGCAAAAUUUUUUAAGAGUUUUAAAUGAUUUUUUUUAACCAUUUAAAACUUUUUUUUUAAGUUCUGGAGAAAAAUGAAUAAUGUUCAUUCCAAACCAAUAAUAAUGUGUGCUGUUACACCCCUAACAUUAUAAUUUGUUAUGUCAAAAGUUUAAAUUCAUAGUUUCUAUUAAUACCAAACGCAUAUUUCGACCCCUGUUUAGGAAUGCAUUAAAUAGAACUGUUAAAGCAGAUUUUUCUCAUUUAAAAGUAGCCUCCUAUUUUUCAGAAGUAAUUUUUGUGCCCAAACUUGAUAUGUUAAGUUAGUUUAGUGCUUUUAAAUUGUGAAGUCAUGUUGCCACCUGCUGGUCAAUACCAGUCAGUGCAGAUACAUUAUUAAUCAUGYUUUAMAGAGUAACACUGCAACUUGAGAUGUUUCUUUGCACCGUGCUGAGAGUCGUUUAAAAGCUCAGUAACAUGCGUCUGUCGUAUUUCACUCUACAGGGCCAGUAUGGAAAUUACCAGCAAUGAGAAAUGGUCACAGUUUACCUACACAACUCCUCUCUGAUCUCUGAGUUUUGACCUCUGGUCAGCUGCUAAGCAGACAAUAAUGAUGGUUUCAGCUCAGAUCCUCCCGGACACAAACACGCUUAUGAAUACAAGAUAUGUUUUCCCCAUUUUUGGGCUUUUAUCMUCUCCAGCGAAAUGUAUCCCUGUUCAUCAUGCACAUGUCAAAGUCGGUGACCUUGCUCCAGUGUCUCAAAGCGGCAAUGCCUUAACAAAAAAAUAAAAUAAAAUACACAAACAAUGGAACUGCCUUAUCCUUUAGCAUUGCAGAGUGAGGAAUGUGGCAACAAAGAUUUUUGGACACCAAAACUCAAACGUCAAAUUUUCAAUGUGUUUGAGUGCAUCAGCUCCCUGCCCUUCAACUCUCCAAUCACAAGAAGCAAUAAAGUAGGGAUUUGCUAGGGGGUUUGAAGACGAAAAGAUGCACCAGGUGAAUUUCCAACUAGGCCAAUGGUACAUGUCUCAAUGUAUGUGAUAAUGUAAAAAAAAACAACAAAAAAACUGUUAUUUUGUGCUUUUU